AUGGACAGGGGUAAUCACACCGUGACUGAGUUCCUACUGGUGGGUUUCACAACAGACCCAGUGAUGCAGUUGGUCCUAUUUGUGGUGUUCCUUGGCGUGUACUCCAUGACUGUCAUGGGAAAUACCCUGCUUAUAGUGCUGAUUUGUAAUGACUCCCAGCUCCACACACCCAUGUAUUUUUUCAUUGGCAAUCUAUCAUUCCUGGACCUUUGGUAUUCUUCUGUGUACACCCCAAAGAUCCUAGUGACCUGUAUCUCUGAGGACAAAAGCAUUUCAUUUGCUGGUUGUGUAGCUCAGUUCUUCUUCUCUGCUGGCCUGGCAUAUACUGAGUGCUAUUUAUUGGCAGCCAUGGCUUAUGACCGCUAUGUGGCCAUAUCCAAUCCCUUGCUUUAUGUACAGGUCAUGUCAAAAAGACUAUGCAUCUCUUUGAUUAUAUAUUCCUACACUGGAGGUUUUGUUAAUGCAGUAAUACUCACCAGCAACACAUUCACAUUGGAUUUUUGUGGUGACAAUGUCAUUGAUGACUUUUUCUGUGAUGUCCCUCCGCUGGUGAAGUUGGCAUGUGAUGUGAAAGCAAGCUAUCAAACGGUGCUGUACUUCCUCCUGGCCUCCAAUGUCAUCACCCCCACUGUGCUCAUACUUGCCUCCUACCUCUUCAUCAUCGCUGCCAUCUUGAGGAUCCGCUCCACCCAGGGCCGCCUCAAAGCCUUCUCAACCUGCUCCUCCCACUUGAUCUCUGUCACAUUAUAUUAUGGUUCUAUUCUCUACAUUUACUCUCGACCUAGCUCCAGCUAUUCCCUUGAGAGGGACAAAAUUGUCUCUACAUUUUAUACUGUGGUCUUUCCCAUGUUGAAUCCCAUGAUCUACAGUCUGAGGAAUAAAGAUGUAAAAGAGGCUCUGAAAAAACUCCUCAAAUUAACACAAUCAGAAGUCUAA